UAAAGCUCAGUGGAGGAGAGCCCACAGACAGCAGGGUAUAUUCUGACUGCUGGUACUUGGAAAAGAAGGAUAAACUGAACUCAACCUGUUUGAGAGGUGAAAACAGACAUCUGGAGAAUCAAGUGAAGUGUGAUGACAGCCUGGUCAGGGGAAAUGCAGCACUUAGCAUGGUUGAUGCUGGUAAUCCUGUGGAUGGUGCAGGCUGUGGCGGGCUGUCCCAAUGUCUGUAAAUGCUCCAGGAAAUCUGGUUUAGAAAAGACAGAAGUCAACUGUCACAAGAGAGGGCUGCGUGCUUUUCCCUCCAACCUGCCCCCUGAUGCCUGGAUCCUUAAACUAGGUGAGAAUGGUAUCUCAGACCUGAAGGCCAAUGUUCUAAGAUUGAUCCCAAAUAUUGAGAGUAUCAACCUGGAAAGAAAUGCCAUCAAGUCCAUCCACCCCCAGGCCUUCUCUGGUGCAAAGCAACUAAUGCUCCUCAAUCUUUACGGCAACCACAUCACCAACCUUCCAGUGAAGGGAUUCCAGGACCUCCUGAACCUUCGCUUCCUCAUGUUGGGACAGAACCAGAUUGGCAUCCUCAAACCUGAUAUGUUUGCAAGAAUGAGGAACUUAUCCGACUUGGACCUUCCUCUCAAUGCACUGACAACCCUACCAUCUAAUGCCUUUAAGCAUCUAAUCGCCCUCAAAGUUCUGGACCUUUCCCUGAAUCGCAUUCAGAAGAUAUCUCCUAAGGCCUUCACUGGACUUGGGCAGCUCAUGUUCCUCAACUUAGACAAUAACAGUCUAAAGACAAUUCCUGCUGGAGCAUUUGGCCCACUGCGAUCUUUAGAGAUGCUGGUUCUAGACAACAACCUUCUCUCCACACUGAGCCUGUCAACAAUGAAUGGACUGGAAAACCUACAGGAACUCUACCUGAGGAACAACGAGCUGGAGCAUCUGCCACCUGAUGUGUUCAGGAACAUGGCCAAGCUUUCUCAACUUGCUCUCAGUGGAAACCGCCUGAAGACCCUGGAUGGGAACAUGUUCACCCAUAUGCCUGACCUCAAGAAGCUGCACCUCCAUGACAACCAAUGGCAGUGUGACUGUAACAUCAUCUCCUUUGUGCAAUGGAUUGGACAGACCAAAGCCACCCUGUCACCUCGGGAUGCCCUGAAGUGCUUGAGUCCUCCAGAGCACCGAAACAAGAGCCUCCCCAGCCUCCAAGUUAACAAACUGCAAUGCCCUGCUUAACCACCGAAAACCUGGAUGAAGACCACAGUGUGGGCUCAAGUCCCAUUGAGAGUUAGAUGAUGAACAUUUACUCAAAACAGAUUUUCACUUUGUAUACUGGGCUAGUGUCUGCGCAAUUAUAUAAGAAACAAGUUCACUCUACAAAGCUGCAAUGCAGUCAGUAACUCUUCCUUACUUCUCUGCUUUAAGAGCAAUGUGUUGAUGAUGAUGUUAGAAAGUCUGGCUUGACCACCAUGUAUUUUGGGGUUUAGACCCCAGAGGUACACUAAAUAUGGUCUUUCAACUCAGACUGGAGUACAAAACCCUUGGAAAGCAGUUCAAGCCUAAAAAACCUAAAGUUAUGAGGUUUUCAAUGGACAGAAAUAUUCCGAAUCGUUGUUAUAUUCUUCACCAGCAAAGAACAAACGCUGUCCCUUAUCUCCAAAUUCAAUACUGAGAUAAAUAUUAUGAUCUCAUAUUGCUUGUCAUAUAGAGGCUACACAGGUUUGGAUUACAUGCAGUGGGAUUAUAUUAAUCCGAUUCUAGGAAAUGGUUUAUGUAAUCUUUAAUAGUUAAUGUAAAAAAAAAAAAAAGAAUUUGGAUAGUGAGAUGAUAGACACUGCCAGGAUGUGCACAUAGAGCCCUUUAGCUGUAGAAAAUUUACAUUUAUCAAAAUUGUGAUCUUUAAUUUAGAUUAAAAUGAAAUAAGGAUGAUGAUCCAGGUUGAUAUUUCAAGAUAGCAGUGACACGCUACAUGGCCAAAAGUACUUGAACACCUGAAUAUUACACCCACGUGAUUAUUAAACAUAAUAUUCCAAACAACAGGCAUUGAUGCUGUUUUAACAACCUGCACUCUUCUGAUUUCAGUUUUUCCACCAGAUGUUAGAACCUAAUUGCAGCAAUUUACUCAGCCAUAAGAACAUGAGUGAGGAUCACCACAGACGUCGGGUGAUAAAGCCUGGCUGACAGUGUUCCAACUCAUCCCAAGAGGUGUUGAAUUGGAUUCAGAUCAUGGGCUUUGUGCAGGCCAGUUAAAUUCUUAAAUAAUUCCUUUAAUACUAAAAAAAAGCUUUCUUUGUGUUCUCGGAUGUUGUCAUGUUGAAACAAGGAAGGACCUUUCCCAAGCU